AUGGACAAAUUUCCCUGUUAUGGAUUAGCUAGCGAUCAUUUGGAACCAACUCCAGAAAGAGUCUCAUUUUUCCUUACUUCUUAUCUUGCUACUAAAAAGAAUGAACAAGAAUAUAUACGAAAAAUAGUAGAGUUUCUUCUUAUUUUGCUACUUCCUUCAAGAUACUCUCGAUGUCAACCCGUUCGGCAUUUACUGAGAGAAAUAAUAUCAAAUUUAGUUGUCUAUAAUCUGAUUGACACCAUAUGUGAUCCUGAUUAUAUCAAUCGUAAACUCAUUGGAUACUUACAAUGGCAACAAAAAGAAAUGGAACAUCAUAACAGGACAUAUUCUUAUGCCGAAACAUUUGAAGAUUUUAUUCGUAUAAUACAAGACUGCGGGAAUGUAGAAGACAUUAAACGGAUAAGAUACUGCAUUGUGAGAGAAAUUAUCCAGGCUACAGCUAUAAAUAAUUUUAAAAAAGCUAAAGGAAUAGAGUUAGAUAAAGAGUUCAGCCCACAAACAAAAGCAAAAGGGGAUUUACUACAAGCAAGAAACCUAAAGCGAUAUAUUAAUCAACUUCAAUAUGCCAAGUCACUUUGCGAAAAAAAUAUUAAAGCACUCGGUGGGACCAAUUAUACUUCUUUUAAAGAGAGCCUAUUGCCAACAGAUGUAUCUCCUAUCACUGGAAAAGUGUUAUCUCAUUCAGUUAUUAUGGAAACACCAUAUUGCAGAGAAUAUUUUACCAAGUAUCUUGAAAAAGAAGAAAGUUAUUCUUUAAUAGGGUUCUGGGAAGCUGUAGAAGAGAUGAAACAUUCUGAUAAGAAUAAAUGGCAUCAGCUUGGAAAUGAAAUAGUUCAGUUAUAUAUCAAUAAUCCAAAUAGCAGUGUAAAGUUGUCAAAAAAUAUUUUAAAGGGAAUAGAGUCAUUUAUGAUGGCUAAUAAGGGACCAGAAGCAUUUUUUCAAGCUCAAGAUGAUGUUUAUAAGUUAUUAGAAGAGCGUUUCUAUCCGUCUUUCAUUGUUAGUGAAAUUUAUGAUUUAAUGAUUUCUAAUGCUGAAAAGGCUGGUAUUGAUUUUGCACAUAUGGCUGAAUCAAGCAAUGAAUCAGAAGUUUAUGAAUCAGAACUGCCAAAUAGUUCUCACCAUGAUGACUUAUUAGAAGAAACUUCUCCAAUGUCACUUAGUGAACAUUCCCAUUUUUUAAAACUACAAUUAGGACAAUUAGAUGAAAAAUUAUCAAUUAAAAGACAAGCCUUACAAGCUAUUCACAACACACAAAAAUCUGAUAUAAAGAUGAUUUCUGUAUUAGAAAAAGAGAUAGAGGAUAUGAAGAUAGAAAGAUAUCAUUUGGAAUCUCAUAUUAUAAUGACAACAACUUGGAUGGAACAUUUAGGAUAUUGGAAAGCCAGUGUUGAAAAAGUUGAAAUAAAAAAAGAAACUGAAAAAGCAAUUACUCAAUGCACAGUUGUUGUUCAUUUGGGAAGUGAUCCUGUAAUUAUUAAUAAUGAUAUCUCUGAAGGUUGGAGAGUAGUCAAAUCCAUAAAUGAUUUUCGUGCACUAAGACAAAAGUUGAGUUUAAUUGUUCCUUCUCUGAAGAAAAUAGAAUUGCCAAAUAAUAAGCCACAUUUCAAAUCUCAGGAACAACAAUAUCUUGAUAGAGCCAAAGUUCUUCUGCAAAAUUUUUUAACGGUAAUUAUGAAAAAUGAUGAUAUGAAUAAAAGUGAGACUUUAUAUAUUUUUUUAAGUCCAAGUCCAGAUCAUUUAAAGUAUCCAUUAGAACCACGAAAAAAAUCUAUUAAAGGUGUACUUAUGCAAUUCUUCAAAAGUGCUCAAUCUAGUGCACAAUCUGAAGGAAGUGAUGAAGAUGAAUUAUUAUUUCUUGAUGAUAUUGACAGUAAAGAAGAUAGAAAAGAUUCAAUUGCAGAAAAUCUUUAUACAUUGAUUGGAGAAAUAUUUGAAGUUAAAGGAAUUUUUGGUUGGGUCCGAAAAACUCUUAUCACCAUUGUACAGAUCACAUUUGGAAAAACAAUUAACAGACAACUGCGAGAGACUGUGGCAUGGAUUACAUCAGAAUCAAUUGUCUUGUACUAUCUUCAGAUGUUCAGAGAUACCAUGUGGCCAGAUAAAGAAAUUCCUGCUUCUACUAGGACGGAUAAAGAAAAAUUGGAGACACGAGAAAUGGCAAAACAACAGUUAUUAAAUAAUAUUCCGGACGUACUUGGUAAUCUUCUGGGUCAGCAAAAUACCAAAAAGGGAAUGACAAAAGUUUUUGAAGCUCUUCAAGACAAAAGAUUGAAUAAACAGAUAUUUUAUAAUGUGCUAGAAGCUUUUCUAUACGAGUUUGCUCCAGAAUUACAGAUGAAUAAUAAAGUUUGAAUAUAAAAUAUAUUUUGUAAGAAUAUGUAUAUCGUUGUAAUAAUAUAAAUUAUUGCUGGAUGAUUUUCUGAAAGAAUUAUUUUGUAUUUAGUGUAUUGUAUGUACUGUACUGUACAUUUUUCAUUGUAUAAAUGUGAUCGAUUAUACGAUGUACCAGUAAAUCGAGGUGCUUCCACAAAUUUCCGUACUUAAAAAUAUCGAUAUGGGUGCCAAUGUUUUUUAAACCUGUUGUUACGUCUCGUGUCAUUUUAAUAUAUAAAUUAAUUAUAAAUAUUUAUGAUUUUCUAAAUAAAUAUUAAGAUUUUUGAA